UGUUGUGGCAAAACAAGAGGCGGGUAUAUAAGCGACUGAACAACAGGUAAAGUAACAUCAUAACGACCUAAUUCCUCCUUUAGAUCGCGGCACAGACAUUCUUUCACUCUCUACCUACCUGCCUGCCGAGUGCCUACGGGGAGGUGCAGAGAUGCUUCUUACCACGAGUGGGUACCAGCUUGCGCUAUUUUGCCUUCUGAUAAGAAGCUGUCAAGCUGUCAAGAACGGCGCCACGGAAACGUUAAACGCUCAGUUGAUAAGUACGGUCCAGGAUACACCGAGUAGUAAUGUAUCAAUGAAUCAAGCACGCAACGGAGGAAGACGUUUGACCAGCGAUGCGAGGAAAGAGCAGGGCCAGGCGCAGAGCAAGGUGGGCUGCAGAGAGCUGCGCUCCACCAAGUACAUAUCAGACGGCCAGUGCACCAGCCUGAACCCGGUCAAGGAGCUGGUGUGUGCUGGGGAGUGUCUCCCCUCCCACCUUCUGCCCAACUGGAUUGGCUCCGGCCCCGGCUACACCGGAAAGUUCUGGAGCCGGCGGGAGGCCCAGGAGUGGCGUUGCGUCAUCGACCGGACCCGGACCCAGCGCAUCAGACUGCAGUGUCAGAACGGAAGCUCCAGAACCUACAAGAUCACUGUGGUUACUUCCUGCAAGUGUAAACGCUACUCCAGGCAGAACAAUGACUCAGGGAAUGGGAAGUCAGAGGUGGAGGUUGGGCAGGCCCAGGGGCAGAGCUCCACACCCCAGGUGCCCAAGAGGAGGAAGGGAAAGGAAGGGAAGAAUGGACGUUCUGGGCAGGAGGACUGGGCUGAAGAACAGCCUAAAAAUGACUGAACGGAGACGUCUGGUCAGGGGGGCUCUGUACACCUCUGAGGGGAUGGAAGGCCUCUCUGGGCCCCCACUUCAGAAACAACUGCAAUACCAACAGACACUAGUUUUGUUUAGAUGGAGCCAAUGUGUUCGCUAUGUUUAAAGUAGCUAUAUGGAGAAGGCUAUGCAAUGAUUCUUCAGACAGUGCAACUGGUUUGCCAAAUAUUGACCACUGUGGAUGUGUUUGUAAAUGUAUGUGUUUUUGUAUGUGAUAGAAUGAGACUAGUUUAAAUAGUACAAGAACCACAUUAGACAUCGUGAGAUGAAGUGUUCCUAUCAACAGUUGAGUAUGUUGUCCAAAUAGUAAUGUUUAUAAUAACAUAAAAUGGCAUAGUAUGUAUAUAAAUAGUGAUUCUAUACUCUUUGUGUUACUUUUCAAAGUAUGCUAGUCUAGAACAAGAAGGCCCUCACACUGUUAAAGCUCCCACUUCACAGCUUUACUGACAACGUUUCCAUCCCAAACAGAUCUUCUUCUGGUCAAACAGACUGAGUGCUCACUUCCCAAAAUACACACAUUUCACCUCACAUGACCAAAUAAGCACAUGACGCAUGGUGGGUGCAAAAACAAUUCGUGCAUAUCUAAUCAUUUGAUAUCAAUGAGACGCGCACAUAUAGUAGUUCCAGAAAAUAAUAUAUAUGAACAAAAUGACCAAGUAGGAGACCUGGAAGGCAUGACAAAUCAAAGUGACAAAUUCAUGUAAGAAAUGUUCUGAUAUCAAACUCUUGGUUUAGACCUUUAGGAGACAUGGUACAAAAACGGUGAAUCCAAUACAAUUCUCUUCUCAGUAAUAGAUUAGCAGUAUCUCACCCCCUCCUAGGAGUCUUAACAUGUUCAAUACCAAUGUAUCUCAGAGAGCUGAUGUCGUGACGAGCCUCCGUGAAAUGCGCAGCCACAGGGUUUCUCUGGUCAAGUAUCCUGGUAUUACUCCUGUAUUCUGCUAUCCUUGUUUUCAAAGUUUUUGUUUUUCCUACAUAGCAUAGGCCACAAAUACACUUGAUCAGGUAUAUCACCAUUUCUUUGUGGAACACGUAAUGAUGCCUUUAAUCUUAAUGACCUUGCCCGUAAUAGGGUGAUUGUGCAUUUGUUCAUAAAGUUACACUAGGUACAUCGGCCACGUCUAUAAUUACUUUUCAAAGUAUGUAACGGAUUACUAUGACAAUGUAAUAUAUUUUUGUACGGAGCUAAACUUAAUAGAAAUAAGGUCAUCUUUUUUUCCCUAUUUGCUACAUUCCAUGUAAUCACUUUCCGGACAAAUUGUGUCUCAAAAGUUUUGCCUUUGGAUAAUCAAAUAAAUAUUGUCUACUAUGAUUAAAUCAGUGAUUUAAUAUAAAAAAAGACUUUUCUUUAAUUAUUUGUAUAAUAACAAUUUAUUUACUUGUCAAUAAAUUGUGCUUUAAUCAUUAGUAGUUAAAUGCCUUGAGCAUGAGGCCACAGACAGAGGAGCUAUAACUUCACAGGAAGUCAGUAACAACAGAAGCAUUAGCCAGUGAUGAAAUGUCCGAUUGAGUGUAAUAGAAACUGUACUCUGUGCAGGAAUCCUCUCUCCUUCAGGCUACUGGGCAUGUUCCAGUCAGGAGCUACAUGUUAACAUACAUGACUGUAUCAGAUACCCCUUCAUUGUAUUACCAUGAAAGCUAUGUAUUUAGUACUUGCAGUGCAAGUAGAGUGUGGAGAGUGGUUCUAAAACUGACAGCAUCAGAGUGGUGCGUACCAUAAGGUGGAAGAAGCAUAGGGAAAUCAUGUCUGUGAAUCUCAGUGCAGAGCUUGUGUUAUUGACACAAUAAUACAAGGCUUGUAAAACUUCCUCUCUGUAAUUAUCCCUGACAACAUAUUCUCUUCCUGAGUAGCAGUGAUGCUAUAGGACCAUCUACAUUUCAUUUGAAUUGUAACUACUACCUUUAAUUUGAAUUGUAACUACCACAAACACGCUGUAAAAAAAUGCUCUUACAAUAAACUCGUAUUUGCAAAGUCAA